AUGACAGCAGCCGAUGUAAACACAGCACCGAAACUUUCCAAGAAUCGAAAACUUGGCAAAAAAAAAAAGAAGAAAUCAUGGCGAGCAUCAAACGUUGAAGAUGUUGAAGAGUUUCUGGAAGAUGAAAGACGGCAAAUACGAACAGGUGGUUUGGUUGCAGAGAAGGCGGAUGAAAACCUGUUUCUUAUUGAUACAGGCUUAAAAGCUGCCAGUCAGGGUAUUGAAACAAGAAGCAGACAGAGUCGGAGAGAUAAACUGAAGCAGUUAAGAUGUUAUGCCUUGCUUCAGCCAGACCCUAACAGUAAACCAGUGCGCACACCAGACAGCCAAAAUUUCCAGAGAGGAUUGAGGAAAAAAAGAAUAAUUGACAGAGUAAGAGAAAGAUCCAAGUCUCAGGUUCGAGUGGCAGCUAUGAAGCAAAGCCAGAAGUAUGAAGAGACGAGGAAAGUCGCGCAAGCACAGAAAAGGCAGUUGCCAGUUGUUGACAGUGAUCUCUGGGCAGAUGACAAAGAUGACAGGGAAUCAAAUGUCAACAAGCCUCACAAGAGAUACCACAGAAAGCCAAGUGCUUUAAAGGCUACAGUUAUUCCACACCCAGGGGCCUCAGUCAAUCCUUCCUUUGAGGAUCAUCAGGAUUUGUUAUACCAAGCUCUUGUGAAAGAAGAAGAAAGACUCAAGAAGGAGAGGAAAAUUUACAAUUCUUUGGAAGCUAAGUUUCCUAAUAAACGUGAUGCUCCUGAUGAGUCCACAUAUUUGAUGGAAAUGUCUGCUGGGCUUGUGGACGAUUCAAGUGAUGAUGAUGAAGAUGGAAGUGACGGUGACAUGCUAGUUUCAAUCAAUCCUCCAGUGAGACGAGAAGACAGAAAAACCAGGAAGCAAAGACGGGUGCACAAGGAAGAGGAAGAAAAUAGCAAAAACAGGGCAAAAGAAGCUGAAAUAAAGAAAAGGGAGAACAUGCUAUACGAAGAACCAGACUUGGAGCUGAAGUUGUCCACAGAGCUUGUUGCAUCGCUCAGGGAAGUUAAGCCUGAGGGUCACGUGUUUAAUGACAUCUACAAGAGUCUGCAGCGUAGGAAUAUUAUUGAACCCCGAAUCAGACAGAGGUACAAGCGGAAGUAUAAACCAAAGAAGUUUGAGAAAAAGAGCCAUAAAGCCGUCACCAUCCUCUAA